AAAAAAAAAAUGUUUACAUGUUUUGCGCAAUUCACGAUUGUUCGUCUUUGAUUUUUAUAAGUUUCUCUUUGUUUUUAAAGCGUAAAUCCAUUACGGAACGAACAGAAUGGACUACGGAAAGGGCAUCAAUGUCGCAGUGUUAAUAGCUUGUCAGAUUUGGUGGUGCGAUCAGUGAGAAUUUACCCAUUAGGUCCGUUUUUUCGGUUGAGGUUAUAACAAAAUAAUAUUACUAUAUUUCUGCAACUUUAUUUUCCAACCUCUAAUAUUCUGUUGUUAUUGUCACUAAUCUGAUGGAUGCUAAUGAAGAACCCAACUGUAAGAACAGGAAAAAAGAGGACCCGCAUAAAAUGAGUUACAACCAUGAGAGCACCUGCCAAAUUGCAGUGGACAAUUCAGAUCAUGUUUUAAAGAUUAUGAAGAACAUUUACCAUGAUAAACGGAUGUGUGAUGUCUUCUUGACAGUUGGCAAAAAGGAGCAUGCAACACACAGGCUUAUUUUAUGCGCUUCAAGUGAUGUAUUUCAAGCAAUGUUGAUGAAGCCAGAAUGGAGUGAAUGGAAUGAGAGCAGAGUCGUGCUCCGGGAAUUACCGCAAUGCGAGCCAGUUUUUCAUCAUUUUUUAGAAUACUUUUAUACAGGAAAGAUAAUUAUAACGCAUACAAACGUUAUGGCAAUUUUAUGUUUAGCUGAUAAGUAUAUUGUUAAGAGUUUAACGUGGCUGUGCAUUGAUUACAUGAUCAACCAUAUUCCUCACGCGUCUGCACAUAACGUUCUGUUUUCUUGGUUGCAAUACACCAUACCAUGCGGACAUAUGGAACUUGCCGAGAAAUGCCUCAGUUACAUCAAAUGGAACUUGGAGCUGGUGGCUAAUACACCAGAAUUCAGCGAAUUCGAGGCAGAACUCUUUGUGAAUUUGCUACAGCAGAACGAUAUUGUCGUUUACAACGAGAUGGUUCUCUAUAAUUUCGUUAUUAGAUGGUUAGAUCUUCAAAAGAUUAGGAUGCAGCAAUCAGGAGUUCCCAGAAGCGAGUUGCAGUUGCAUAUGAAGAGCCUGAUUGAAGUAGCGAUGAGUUAUAUACGAUUCCCUAUGAUGUCACCGCGCGAGCUGGCUGAUCUGCUACUGUCGCCUCUAAUAAAGGAACACAAAGAAUUUUUUGUAGAAAGGAUGGCUAUGGGAAUGAUGUACCAUUCUGGACAAGUGGAUCGACUGAAGGAACUAUGCUCUACGGACGAUGGCAGACGACUGUUGACACCUCGACUGUACACCUGUGAUAGUUACAGUGCUGUGUUAAUCAUAGAUAACGUACUUUCUGUACCUAGUUACCAUACAAGCACCUUCGUAUUCUCCACACACAUGUCGGUGGCAGAAUGCGAGAACGACCGAAAUUACGAAUGGAUGGUAGAUCUGUAUCCAAAAGGUGUCUGGUUCAAGCAGAGCUUCCUCAUCGUAUGGCAAGGCACGCUGCAGGUGCCCGAGCAGAAGUACGAAGUCGUCCGUUUAGCUUUGACCUUUCGUGGACACAUCGGAGAAUGCGAAGACAUCAAAGUGAAGAUCGGUAUACUGUUAUACGCGAAACAAGGCGGGACUGAACACGUGAAACGUGUAAUUGAACGAGCCCACUACUUCACAGCCCAGGACAGAAUCCUGAAUAUCGACAACUUCAUACCGUUCGAAGAUAUGAAUAACACGCAUACCCCCGAUAGCAAGUUUCUUGUUGGUUUGAACUCUGAUCAACUGAAGUUCAACAUCAUCAUCACUCCUCUGCGGCCCGACCUCGGUGUCCUCUUCUCGGAAUCCAGCGAUACGUACAAGUUAAUAAAUGAUAAGCCAAACAAAAUUAUAUAAUAUUACAAUAUACGUUUGUUGUUAUUGCUCACAAUGGUCGAGCGAAUAUAAUAAGCCGUUGUUGAUUCUGUUUGACGAGAUGGUGUCAAAUUAAAGUUUAAAAUGAAAAUAUUUGUAUAUUAACAAUAUAGAUAAUCUA